AGCGGGCGGAUGAGGAGAAUGGUGUGAUAAUGGAGCGCGCGCUAUCACCGGGCCACCGUGCGUGCUUGGGACCGCAAAACAUGCUCGUCGGAUGUUCUUACUGCUAAGUAUGUCGGUCACGUCUCGGAUGUAACCACUCGCAGUUGGAGUAUGAUUCACAGACAGGUUAUAUUAUCCCAGGAUCUGUCGAGCUUUGAGUUGGAGAAUCAUAAUGCUGCUGAACCUGUGUAGUGUUAAGAACCUGUACCAGAACCGGCUCCUGGGUCUGGCGGCCAUGGCCUCACCGUCGCGGAGUUCCCAGGGUCGGCGUCGGUGCAAGGACGGCUCGGCCCGGUUCAGCUUCGCCCCUGAGCAGUACCUGAACGGUGGCCACGACCCGCUGGCUCUCACCCGCUCCACCAGCGACACCGACUUGGUGUCGUCGGACAGCCGCUCCACGCUCAUGGUCAGCACGUCCUUCUAUGCCAUCGGCCAGUCCCAGGACAUGGUCAUCUGCUGGGACAUCAAAGAGGAGGUGGACCCUGGGGACUGGAUCGGCAUGUACCUCAUCGACGAGGUGUUGUCGGAGAACUUCCUGGACUAUAAGAACCGUGGCGUGAAUGGAUCCCAUAGAGGUCAGAUCGUGUGGAAGAUUGACCUGAACUCCUGCUUUGUCGAAUCUGAAACGAAGAUCUGUUUCAAGUACUACCAUGGAGUGAGUGGGGCACUGCGCGCGACUACCCCCAGCGUCACGGUGAAGAACUGCCCAGUGAUGCUGUUGAAGCCUGUGGCAUGCCCGGAGGUGACCCAGAGUCUGGGCAGCAGGCGCCUCAUCAGUUUCUCCCUGUCAGACGUCCAGGCAGUGGGGCUGAAGAAGGGGAUGUUCUUCAACCCCGACCCCUACCUGAAGAUCUCCAUCCAGCCCGGCAAGCACAGCACCUUCCCUGCGCUGCCCCACCACGGCCAGGAGAAGAGGUCCGGCAUCGUCUGCAACACCAUCAACCCUGUCUGGCAGCGCGAGCGUUUCAACUUUGUGUCGCUGCCCACGGACGUGCUGGAGAUCGAGGUGAAGGACAAGUUUGCCAAGAGUCGGCCAAUCAUCAAGCGUUUCCUGGGCAAGCUGUGUGUGCCCGUGCAGAGACUGCUGGAGAAGCACGCCAUCGGGGAUCGAGUGGUGAGUUACAACUUGGGUCGCCGGCUGCCUACAGACCACGUCAGUGGACAGCUGCAGUUCCGCUUUGAGAUAACAUCCUCUAUCCACCCAGAUGACGAGGAGGCGUCGCUCUGUGCCGAGCCCGAGUGUCCCGUCGUCCCUGACAGCAGGCAGGCCGAGGACAACCAGGAGGGAGACCCGGUCGUCAUCGCUAACGACGACGAGAACCAGUCGGUGGACGAUGCGGCGAGCCUGGGGCCAGACAUGCCUGACCUGCCGGAGGACGGGGCUCCGGAUGGGACAACGGAGCUGGUGAAGGACGAAGAGGAGGAGGAGGAAGACCUUGACGGCGAGCCCGAGGAGGAGGCCCCGGAAGUGGGCAUUGAGCGCCAGGAGGAGGCCCCGGAAGUGGGCAUUGAGCGCCAGGAGGGUGGGGCUGACGGAGAGGAGAGUGGGGCAGCGGAGGAGGACAUCACCUCAACACUACAGACAGAGGAGGAGGAGCAGGAGCCAGCGACCGAGGAAGGGGCAGCAGAGCGGGAGGAGCAGGAGGUGGGGGAGGAGGUGGGGGAGGAGGCGGAGGCUGCAGGGGGGAAGGAGGCGGAGAGUGGCGAGAGCUCCCGACCACAGGUGGACGGCGAGGCCGAGGUGGACGGCGAGUCCCGGUGCCUGCGCAUGCGUGCCGUCCUCAAGCGCAAGAACCGGCCGUGCUCGCUGCCCGUGUCCGAGCUGGAGACGGUGAUCGCGUCGUCGUGCGGCGAACCCGAGACGCCCCGCUCACACUACAUCCGCAUCCACCAGCUCCUCCACAGCCUGCCCUCUGCCCACCAGCUGCACCGCAGCCAGGACGACGAGGACGACGACGAGGGCGAGGACGAGGGCGAGGGCCACGGAGCGCUGCUGGACACAGAGACGUCUGAGGACACCACGCUCAAGCCCGUGGAGGCCAAGAGGCGAGGGGAGGAGGCCGGCAGGGUGGACGACGAAGACGAGGAGGAGGAGGAAGAGGGCUCGGAGACGCAGUCGCCCUCCACAGUCCCAGCAUGCCCUGGGCCGUGCUGCAGACGGACGCUCCCGCGCAGCCUGUCCAUCGAGCGCCUGUCCGAACUCAACCAGCUCCUGGAGGGCGACGGGACGCCCGACUCCCUCGUCCGCCUGGACAGCGCAGGGGGCGAGGGAGGGAGGGGCCCGAGGGAGAGUGAGUGCGAGCUGUGCGACAACUCCUGCUAUAGCACUUCCUGUUACAGCACUUCCUGUUACAGCACUUCCUGCUACAGCAACUCGACGGGCUACGAGGGCCACCCGCGGGUCUGCAGCCACACGCGCCUCUCCUCGGUGGACAGCGCGCGGCUCUCGGAGAGCACCGUCUUCUCCUCGCAGGAGGACGAGGAGGACGAGGAGGAGAACAGCGCCUUCGAGUCGGCGCCAGACUCCGUCCAGAGCCCCGACGGGCGGGAAGGGGGGGGCGGAGAGAGGAGGCGGGCCGAGAGGGCGGGGUCAAGCCAGUGGGAGGACGAGACGAUGCAGCACAGCGGGGGACACCGAUGCCGCAGAGAGAGGGACGAGUCCCCGGUCGCCGGACCUAGUGGCCGCGCCUCAGGCAAUAGGCCUCCACUGUGCAGUCACCACCCAGUCGCAGUGUUGCCUGCUCUGUGGCCUGACCUCCAGCACUGCCCAGCUAUCGAUGAACCGUUACCGCCAAACUGGGAGGCGCGUAUCGAUAGCCAUGGCCGGGUCUUCUACGUGGACCACGUCAACCGCACCACCACCUGGCAGCAGCCCACCCACGCGGCCAAGUGCACGCGCAUCCAGAGGUCCAGCUCCGUCCAGCAGAUGGAGCAGCUCAACAGACGGUACCAGAACAUCCAGCGGACGAUGGCCACAGAGGAUGACGGCGUCCAGAGGAGAGCGGAGCGGAACAGCAGCACGGACACGGAGACAGAAGCGCCGCCGCAAGCUACCGAGUUGAGAAGGGAGUCUCCUUCCUCCUCUCCAGUCAACCACCAGAAGGUCACCAUGUUGCUGCAGUGUCCAGCGGUCAAGUUUGUCACCCAUCCAGAGUUCUUCACUGUCCUCCACGCCAACUACGGGGCCUACCGGAUGUUCACCAACAGCACCUGUCUGAAGCACAUGAUUCUGAAAAUCCGUCGCGACGCCCGCAACUUUGAGCGGUACCAACACAACAGGGACCUGGUCACCUUCCUCAACAAGUUUGCAGACACACAACUGGAGCUACCCAGGGGCUGGGAGAUCAAAACGGACCCACAGGGCAAGUCAUUUUUUGUGGACCACAACAAUAGAGCGACGACAUUCAUCGACCCCCGGAUCCCCCUGCAGAACGGCCGUCUGCCUAGUCACCUGACCCACCGGCAGCACCUGCAGAGACUACGCAGCUACAGCGCAGGAGAGGCGUCGGAGGUGUCCCGGAGCAGGGGUGCGGCGCUGGUCGUGAGGCCGGGGAACGGCCUGGUGGCCGCCAUCAGGAGUCAGUACCAGCAUGACCCCAUGCCCCUCGCCUAUAAUGACAAGAUCGUGGCGUUCCUGCGGCAGCCCAACGUCUUUGAGAUGCUUCAGGAGCGGCAGCCAAGCCUGGCCCGAAACCACGCUCUCAGGGAGAAGAUCCACUACAUUCGGACGGAGGGGCCCCCUGGGGUGGAGAAGCUGUCCUGUGAUGCGGACCUGGUCAUUCUACUGAGCUUGUUUGAGGAGGACAUCAUGUCCUACAUCCCGGUGCCUCCAUUCCACCCCGGCUUCAGCUUCUCCCCACGCUGUUCGCCCGGCUCCUCCCCCCAGAGCUCCCCAGGACUGCAGCGAGCGCGAGCUCCCGCCCCGUACCGCAGAGACUUUGAGGCCAAGCUGCGCAACUUCUACAGGAAGCUGGAGGCCAAGGGCUAUGGCCAGGGGCCAGGAAAAAUCAAGCUCCUUAUCAGGAGAGGCCAUCUGCUGGAGGGCACCUUUAACCAGGUGAUGGCGUACUCUCGAAAAGAGUUGCAGAGGAACAAGCUGUACAUCACAUUCGUGGGAGAGGAAGGGCUGGACUACAGCGGCCCCUCUCGGGAGUUCUUCUUCCUGCUGUCUCAGGAACUGUUCAACCCGUACUACGGCCUCUUCGAGUACUCCGCCAACGACACCUACACCGUCCAGAUCAGCCCCAUGUCCGCCUUCGUAGAGAACCACCUGGAAUGGUUCCGCUUCAGUGGCCGUAUCCUCGGCCUAGUUCUAAUCCAUCAGUACCUGUUGGACGCCUUCUUCACGCGACCCUUUUACAAAGCUCUACUCAGACUAGCGACUGACCUGAGCGAUCUGGAGUACCUGGACGAGGAGUUUCACCAGAGCCUGCAGUGGAUGAAGGACAACGACAUCACAGACAUCCUGGAUCUGACCUUUACGGUUAAUGAAGAGGUCUUUGGUCAGGUGACGGAGAGGGAGCUGAAACCAGGCGGCUCCAACCUCCAGGUGACGGAAAAGAACAAGAAGGAGUACAUCGAACGCAUGGCCAAAUGGAGGGUGGAGCGCGGGGUGGUGCAGCAGACGGAGGCCAUGGUCCGAGGGUUCUAUGAGGUGGUGGAUUCCCGGCUGGUGUCUGUGUUUGAUGCCCGGGAGCUGGAGUUGGUCAUAGCAGGGACGGCAGAGAUCGACCUGAACGACUGGAGAAGCAACACGGAGUACCGAGGCGGCUAUCAUGACGGCCACAUCGUGAUCCGAUGGUUUUGGGGCGCAGUGGAGCGCUUUAAUAACGAACAGCGCUUGCGUCUGCUGCAGUUCGUCACGGGAACGUCCAGCGUUCCCUACGAAGGCUUUGCUGCACUCCGCGGGAGCAACGGUCUGCGGCGCUUCUGCAUCGAGAAGUGGGGCAAAGCCACCUCACUACCCAGGGCUCACACGUGCUUCAACCGUCUGGACCUCCCUUCCUACCCCUCGUUCACCAUGCUGUACGAAAAGCUUCUGGUUGCGGUGGAGGAGACCAGUACGUUCGGCCUGGAGUGAUGUCCUGCAAGCGGUGGAGGAGACCAGUACGUUCGGCCUGGAGUGAUGUCCUCCAGGCUGGGGGGAUGCAGUGACUGGCAUCUCUUUUUUUAAUGUGAAUAUGAUUUUCUUUUUGACAAAAAAAUGUGUAUUCUCACUUUAUUUUUUACUAAAUCUACUGAAAUAUUCUUACAAAACAAAACAAAAAAACAAAUGGAUCCACAGACAGAGACUGUUGGCUGAAAAUGUCUGCAUGUCAUGUACUAUAAUGGUCAUGUUGUGUAAUUGUCCAUAGUAUGGUGUGGGGUGGAUACAAGGUGGGCUUGUGCAGGUCAAGCUGUGGGCAAUAGUGAUGACCAGGCCCCGGCCUGAGUUAUGCUGUCCAGAAACCUCCGCUAUAAAGCCCUGCAGUUCAGGCCCUAAUUGCCCUAAUUGCCCUCUGAAGUUUGCCUACAAAAAAGCUGCCAUCUUUGAGAUCUGGUAUCUGGCGAUUUUUCCAAUGGGAAAAUAACAUGGGGAUUUUGAAUUAUCGCACCUGUUAAACUCUCGCGGG